CCCUGCCAGUCACGUGGUCACGUGACGCGCUCCAACAUGGCGGCGCCGUGGAGCCGCGGCGUCGCUUCCUGACGGGGCGGCGCGCACGGACGCGGCCAGUGCCGGCUGGGACGCCGGGCCCGUAGCUUCGCUUGCCCGUCCUCUCGCUCGUGCCGCGCGCCCGCGGGGCUGCCAGCCCCCGCCGGGCCGGGGCCAUGCAGGAGAGCCAGACCAAGAGCAUGUUCGUGUCCCGGGCCCUGGAGAAGAUCCUAGCCGACAAGGAGGUGAAGCGGCCCCAGCACUCCCAGCUGCGCAGGGCCUGCCAGGUGGCGCUCGAUGAAAUUAAAGCGGAAAUAGAGAAGCAGAGGCUCGGCGCUGCUGCACCACCAAAGGCUAACUUCAUUGAAGCUGACAAGUAUUUCCUUCCGUUCGAGCUGGCUUGCCAGUCCAAGUCCCCCCGGGUGGUCAGCACAUCCCUCGACUGCUUGCAGAAACUCAUCGCAUAUGGGCACAUCACCGGCAAUGCCCCCGACAGCGGAGCCCCAGGGAAGCGGCUGAUCGACAGGAUCGUUGAAACCAUUUGCAAUUGUUUCCAGGGCCCUCAGACUGACGAAGGGGUUCAGUUACAAAUAAUUAAGGCCCUUCUGACGGCAGUGACUUCCCCACACAUCGAAAUUCAUGAGGGCACCAUCCUGCAAACGGUGCGGACGUGCUACAAUAUCUAUCUGGCCAGCAAAAAUCUCAUCAAUCAAACCACCGCCAAGGCCACCCUUACCCAGAUGCUGAACGUCAUCUUCACCCGCAUGGAAAACCAAGUGUUGCAGGAGGCUAGAGAAUUGGAAAAACCGAUCCAGUCGAAACCCCAGUCCCCCGUGAUCCAGGCUGCAGCAGGGUCCCCAAAGUUCAGUCGUUGGAAGCAGAAUCAGGCACAAAGCAAACCGACUACUCCUGAAAGAGCAGACUUAACCAACGGUGAACACGCCAGGGGCGGUCCUGGGAGAGUGAGCUCGGAAAACGGAGACGCACCCAGAGACAGAGGCUCGUCACUCUCAGGGACUGACAGCGGAGCCCAGGAGGUGGUGAAAGACAUCUUAGAAGACGUGGUCGCCUCAGCUGUCAAAGAAGCAUCAGAAAAGCGCGGUGUGACAGAACACGAGAGGAGCUUGGGCGAACUGGAGUGCCAGGACAGUGCCGGUCCCCCUGGAGCUGAUGAGGACUCACAGACCAACGGCAUAGCAGAUGACAGGCAGUCCUUGUCCUCGGCAGACAACCUGGAAUCGGACGUGCAAGGACAUCAGGUGGCUGCCAGGUUCUCGCACAUUCUGCAGAAGGAUGCCUUCCUCGUGUUCCGCUCCCUGUGCAAACUGUCCAUGAAGCCCCUCGGGGAAGGCCCCCCAGACCCCAAGUCCCAUGAGCUGCGCUCCAAGGUGGUCUCACUGCAGCUGCUCCUCUCUGUGUUGCAAAAUGCCGGCCCCGUCUUCAGGACUCACGAGAUGUUCAUCAAUGCGAUCAAGCAAUAUCUCUGCGUGGCCUUGUCCAAAAAUGGCGUCUCUUCAGUGCCUGAUGUCUUCGAGCUCUCUCUUGCCAUUUUUCUUACUCUUCUUUCAAACUUUAAAAUGCACUUGAAAAUGCAGAUAGAGGUCUUCUUCAAAGAGAUUUUCCUGAACAUUUUAGAAACAUCGACGAGUUCUUUCGAGCACAGGUGGAUGGUCAUUCAGACUCUGACGAGGAUCUGUGCAGAUGCCCAGUGUGUUGUGGAUAUUUAUGUCAACUAUGACUGCGAUUUAAAUGCUGCUAACAUUUUCGAGCGUCUUGUAAAUGAUUUGUCCAAAAUCGCUCAGGGAAGAAGUGGCCAUGAGCUGGGAAUGACACCACUACAGGAGCUCAGUCUGAGGAAGAAAGGCCUGGAGUGCCUCGUGUCCAUCCUCAAGUGCAUGGUGGAGUGGAGCAAAGACCUGUAUGUGAAUCCCAACCACCAGACCAGCCUGGGCCAGGAGAGACUCCCGGAUCAGGAUAUGGGGGACGGGAAAGGCCUGGACUUGGCCAGACGGAGCAGCGUGACAUCCAUGGAGUCCACAGUCUCCUCCGGGACCCAGACAGCCGUUCAGGAUGACCCGGAGCAGUUUGAGGUCAUCAAGCAGCAAAAGGAAAUCAUCGAACACGGCAUCGAGCUAUUCAACAAGAAACCUAAGAGGGGAAUCCAGUUUCUCCAGGAGCAGGGCAUGCUGGGAACAUCCGCUGAUGACAUUGCCCAGUUCCUACACCAGGAGGAGCGCCUUGAUUCUACCCAGGUGGGUGAUUUUCUGGGAGAAAGCACAAGGUUCAACAAGGAAGUGAUGUAUGCCUACGUGGACCAGCUCGACUUCUGCGAGAAGGAAUUUGUCUCAGCUCUGCGGACGUUCCUGGAAGGUUUCCGUCUGCCUGGGGAAGCCCAGAAGAUUGACCGGUUGAUGGAGAAGUUUGCCGCAAGAUACAUAGAGUGCAACCAAGGGCAGACGCUCUUUGCCAGUGCCGACACUGCCUAUGUGCUAGCAUAUUCCAUUAUUAUGCUGACGACAGACUUGCACAGUCCUCAGGUAAAAAACAAAAUGACAAAAGAGCAAUAUAUUAAGAUGAAUCGAGGUAUCAAUGACAGUAAAGAUCUACCGGAAGAAUAUCUCUCCAGCAUCUAUGAAGAGAUAGAAGGCAAGAAAAUCGCAAUGAAAGAAACAAAGGAGCACACAAUUGCAUCCAAAUCUACUAAGCAGAGUGUAGCUAGUGAAAAGCAGCGACGGCUGCUGUACAACCUGGAGAUGGAGCAAAUGGCUAAAACGGCCAAGGCGCUGAUGGAGGCUGUGAGCCACGCCAAAGCCCCAUUUACAAGUGCCACUCAUCUGGACCACGUCCGGCCGAUGUUCAAGCUGGUGUGGACCCCACUGUUGGCGGCCUACAGCAUUGGACUGCAGAACUGUGACGACACGGAAGUGGCCUCGCUGUGCCUGGAGGGCAUCCGAUGUGCAAUCAGAAUUGCCUGCAUCUUCGGAAUGCAGCUGGAACGGGAUGCCUACGUUCAGGCUCUUGCACGCUUCUCCCUGCUGACGGCCAGCUCCAGCAUCACCGAGAUGAAGCAGAAGAACAUCGACACCAUAAAGACGCUCAUCACAGUAGCUCACACUGACGGCAACUACCUGGGCAAUUCCUGGCACGAGAUCCUGAAAUGCAUCAGCCAGCUCGAGCUCGCUCAGCUGAUAGGAACCGGCGUGAAGACUCGCUACCUGUCCGGGUCCGGCCGAGAGAGAGAAGGGAGCCUGAAGGGCCACACGCUGGCGGGAGAAGAGUUCAUGGGCCUUGGCCUGGGUAACUUGGUGAGUGGUGGCGUGGAUAAAAGACAGAUGGCCAGCUUCCAGGAAUCGGUCGGGGAGACCAGCUCUCAGAGUGUGGUUGUAGCUGUGGACAGAAUCUUUACGGGCUCUACCAGACUGGAUGGGAAUGCAAUAGUUGACUUUGUCCGCUGGCUGUGUGCUGUGUCCAUGGAUGAACUGGCUUCCCCCCACCACCCUCGCAUGUUCAGCUUGCAGAAGAUCGUGGAGAUCUCGUACUACAACAUGAACCGCAUCCGGCUGCAGUGGUCCCGCAUAUGGCACGUGGUCGGAGAUCACUUCAAUAAGGUUGGCUGUAACCCCAAUGAAGAUGUGGCUAUUUUUGCUGUGGACUCGUUAAGGCAGCUCUCCAUGAAGUUCCUUGAAAAGGGCGAAUUAGCCAACUUCCGUUUCCAGAAAGACUUCCUGAGGCCCUUUGAGCACAUCAUGAAGAAGAACAGGUCCCCGACCAUCCGGGACAUGGUGAUCCGCUGCAUCGCCCAGAUGGUGAACUCGCAGGCUGCCAACAUCCGCUCUGGCUGGAAAAACAUCUUCGCCGUGUUCCACCAGGCAGCCUCCGAUCACGACGGGAACAUCGUGGAGCUGGCCUUCCAGACCACGGGCCACAUCGUCACAAACAUCUUCCAGCACCACUUCCCUGCAGCCAUCGACUCCUUCCAGGACGCUGUGAAGUGCUUGUCGGAGUUUGCCUGCAACGCUGCUUUCCCCGACACCAGCAUGGAAGCCAUCCGGCUCAUCCGCUUCUGUGGCAAAUACGUCUCCGAGAGGCCUCGGGUGCUACAAGAAUACACGAGUGACGACAUGAACGUGGCCCCUGGCGACCGAGUCUGGGUUCGAGGCUGGUUCCCCAUCUUGUUUGAGCUCUCCUGCAUCAUUAAUAGGUGCAAGCUGGAUGUGCGGACAAGGGGACUCACGGUCAUGUUCGAGAUCAUGAAGAGCUACGGCCACACGUUUGAGAAGCACUGGUGGCAGGACCUGUUCAGAAUCGUGUUUCGGAUUUUUGACAACAUGAAACUCCCUGAGCAGCAGUCGGAGAAAUCUGAGUGGAUGACAACAACCUGCAAUCACGCACUUUAUGCUAUUUGUGACGUCUUUACGCAGUUUUAUGAAGCUUUGAAUGAAGUCCUUCUUUCUGAUGUCUUUGCACAAUUGCAGUGGUGUGUAAAGCAAGAUAAUGAACAGUUGGCUCGGUCUGGUACAAAUUGCUUAGAAAACUUGGUGAUCUCCAACGGAGAGAAGUUCAGCCCCGCCGUGUGGGAUGAGACCUGCAGCUGCAUGCUGGACAUCUUCCAGACAACCAUCCCACACGUUUUGCUGACCUGGAGGCCUGCGGGAAUGGAGGACGACUCAUCAGAGAGACACUGGGAUGUGGAUCUGGACCACCAGUCUGUAAGCAGUGUAGACAAAAAUGCCUCCGAGAGAGGCCAGAGCCAGCUCUCCAACCCCACCGACGACAGCUGGAAGGGUAGACCAUAUGCAAGAGCUGCUGAAGGAUUAGAAAUCCUUUCACUAGAUACAGAUCAGAAGCUGUUUGCCAGCCUCCUCAUCAAGUGUGUGGUCCAGCUGGAGCUGAUCCAGACCAUCGACAACAUCGUGUUCUACCCUGCCACGAGCAAAAAGGAAGACGCCGAGCACAUGGUUGCUGCCCAGCAAGACACGCUGGACGCUGACAUCCACAUAGAGACGGAGGACCAGGGCAUGUACAAGUACAUGUCCUCCCAGCACCUCUUCAAGCUGCUGGACUGCUUGCAGGAGUCCCAUUCCUUCUCGAAGGCUUUCAACUCCAAUUACGAGCAGCGGACCGUCCUGUGGCGAGCAGGUUUUAAGGGCAAGUCUAAACCCAAUCUUCUAAAACAAGAAACCAGCAGCCUGGCCUGUUGUUUGAGGAUCCUGUUUCGGAUGUAUGUGGAUGAGAACCGCCGGGAUUCCUGGGAAGAAAUACAGCAACGACUUCUAACGGUGUGCGGUGAUGCUCUCGCCUAUUUCAUCACCGUGAAUUCUGAAAGUCAUCGGGAGGCCUGGACAAGUCUCCUGUUGCUGCUUCUAACCAAAACCCUCAAGAUAAAUGACGAAAAGUUCAAAGCACACGCUUCGAGGUACUAUCCCUACUUGUGUGAAAUUAUGCAGUUUGACCUGAUCCCCGAGCUGCGAGCAGUGCUGCGGAAGUUCUUCCUACGGAUAGGUGUUGUGUAUAAGAUAUGGAUUCCAGAAGAGCCACCACGGGUGCCAGCCACACUGUCCCCAGCGUGGUAGCCCUGGCCCCCGCGGUCCACUGCCGCAGCUCGGCGGAACACUCAUCAGGCCGUGUCAGACGGGCGCAUCGUGUGAAAGGUCCCACGGAACCCAGGAGGCAGCGUCUCCUCGGCUCUCAGGACGGCCUGGAUAAGGAUGACCUCUGCGCUGGCCUCGUCCACGUCCCCGGCUCUCAGGUGGGGAGCCGCACUCCGCUCUGCCGCCCCACGUCACCGACGGAUCUGUCAGAUCUGCGCCCGCACAGGCCGCCAUUUCCUAGCAGGCUCCCGUCCUCGGCCGCCAGUGUUUGUUGGAGGAAGUCACUCUCCUGGAAAACAGUGACCAUAGCUGUACAGUUCGUGACUAUUAGAGAGUGUUAAUAAAGUUUCUUGUCACGGCUAUCCGCCGCCUCCCAUGGGCUGGGCUGUUUGUGUCUGAGUGUGUAAGAGAAGUCUGAGUGUCUGUCAGGAGUCAGCCCGGGUUAGUCUGGGGGAGGGAGCAAAAAGAAGGGUCGUUUUUGUGCUUUGUUCCCGUCUGAGUGAUUUUUACAAAGUGUUUGACAAAGACAUUACUGAAGAUUUGAUUGAAGACAGAAUUUAGAAUUUAGUCAUUAACUUAGUGCAAUUAAAGAGCUUGCAAGGUUAAAAAAUAAUGUAGUGCCUCACGGCUCUCGCUGUCUUAGUGACUUGAGGAGAAAAAGUCCGUAGGAGAAGCCGGCAGUGGAAGGAAGGUGGUGAGCCUUCCUCCGAGUGAGUACCUGUGGAUGGGGGUUCGAAUCCCCGAGCAGUGUCCUUGAGCACGCUCCAAGGGCGAGUAGAUGCAACAGGAAUGAAAGUGAAGUAGUGACUCACCCAGACUUGACGUGUCUUUGAGUAAACCUUUUUAUUUUUACCUCUGCAGAGUGCAUGUACUGACGGUUAGCGUCACUGUGCGUGAACCCCCUCAGCCAGGAGGCGUGGGUGGAGCCAGGGCUGUCCUGGGGCAGCAGUGGGGAGGGCCCACGCUCAGCACUCGCGUUCAUUUGCACCUAGGAGCUGAAUUUUUGGGCAAGGUUGGAUUCUCGGGUCUUUCUUACGUUCAUGUUGGAGCAAUACCCUGAGCUGCAGCAGAACCGGGUGCCAGUGCAGCUCGCGUACAUGCGGGCAGGACGCACGCGCGGCCCAAGCCUGCGCAUUUGAUUCAGUCCACGUCUAAGAGAAAGAGAACACUCGCCUCACCGUCUGCCCUCGUCCACUGCUCACCUAGAGCACACGUGAGCGCUGGGGAAGUGUUCCCAGCACGACCGAUGUCCAGUCUGCUGCCCACGCCCUCCCAUAGCCUUGGAAACCGGGCUGUUUGCUGUCGACGCUGGUGCUUGGACGUUCGUCAUCUGGGAGCCUGGCUGUCCGAUCAGAUCUCUCUUGCGUUCCGGAGGAGGCUUUCCGGUGCUUUUGCUCACCAAGAGACCCAUUUCCCAAGUUCUUGUCUCAUUUUAUUUUGAGCAGCCUCGAGAAGUGGCUGGAUGUAGCCGGCAGUAUUCUUGUCUACUCGGUUCUUUCCCAAAAAGUGUUUUCAUUUUUUUACCAAAGAGAAACAAGAGCAGGUUUCAGGUUUUCCGUCCUUGACCUACAGUGGAGAAAGGGAGCCGUGUGGGUUCGCAGGAGGGGACGCUGGGGGAUGUGACUGAGCGAGGCUGGCACCGCGUGUCCCGGGGCCCCUGGUGGCUUUCACAGCUCGCCGCAGCCUCCCCAGGCCAGACGCCUGCACCGACACCUGGACUGGAGGCGUGAACGGGGACGCGCAGGUCUGCGCUGACGUCCGCCCUGCCCACGCCGCGUCCCUGCGCCCUCCUCCCCAGGUUUCAGCUGGAAUUCUCCUGACCCGCGUUUUCCCAGCGUCUCUGACGCCUCCGGCAGGGUGGGAUACGCAUCGGUGCAUUUUGUCACUUCCCGAAACAUUCAGGCUUGGAUUUCUUUCUGUCAUUCAGAAGAUUUCAUUUUCUGAGUGAGGCAUGCGAAUUGUACCAGCAGUGGACUUUGUAAAAACUGGACGUAAACUCAUUUUUCUCGCCAGUGGCCAGCGGGGGACGUCGCCUCCCGUAAUAAGCCAAGCAG